AUGUGCUUCCGACAAAUCCAAUCCAUCAUCUUCGCCAUGACUGUGGUGUCUAUUGCCACUAGAGUCGAAUCAACCCAUUUUAAAAUCGAUGACUAUAUCGAGAUCAGACAGAAACUGUCCAAGAAGACCUCUGUCGAGAUUACCCUGGCACCAAAACAUGCCAAGAGGGGUCCAUCUUCUUCUUCGGUCAAGAAAGGAACAGGUGCAAGUACUACUGUGGCAUCAAAGUCUACCAAGAGAGCCUCUGCGGCCAAGGGGGGUGCAAGUAUCGUGACACCAAGGUCUGCAAAGAAGCCGAUCAUCAUUGACACCACCAACCAAGACGUCUUUGCCGAGUUUGAUUUCUCAAUGUCCCUGUCUUUUUCUGAUUUCUUGGGAGUAACUGACAACAACGAAAGCAAGAUACCCAAGAAAGGGGUCACCUCCAAGAAGCUUCGCACCGGAAAAUCUGGAUCAAGACGCAAGCAACCUAGUUCAAGACCAACGCACAUUCCAAGUCCAAGCCCAUCCACUCUAGAACCAUCGAAAUCUCCGACCUUUACUCCAACAAUGGAACCUACUACUCUUGAACCCACUCUUGUUCCCUCGCCGUUGCCAACCAAUGAACCAAGCAAUAGUCCCUCGACUGAGCUUCCAACCAUUGUGCCCACACUGGAUGAUUCUUCUAGUAUUUUUCCGUUUAGCGAUGUGCCUACCACUUCUUUCACUGACGAACCCACCGGUCGUUUCACCGAUGAGCCAACCAUUCUACCGACCCCAUCUGCUACCUUUCUUGUACCUCUUCCCGCCGGAGACGAUGACGACGCAUUCAUUGAGCAAAACAAUACCGAUGGCAAUGGAGAUGACAUUUUCGACGAUGACCUCAGUGGUGGUGGCAACAAUAAUGUCACGGACGAUGAUAUUUCUGUCCCAGACACAAGUGUUGGUGGCGACAAUGAUACAAAUGUGACACCAUUUAUUGCUGGUGUCGUCGGUCUCUUUGUCCUCAUUCUUGGAAGCCUCGCCGUUUUCCGCAAAAAGAAGCGCUCGGGUGAAUCCCGUCCUUCUGAAAAUACAGUCUAA